CAUUGAUAGCACAUAUUCAACACAAUUACGAAGUAUUCACAAAGUAAUACAAACAAUAAACCUUGAUGAAGCGAAAUUCAGAAUAGAGUUAGACACAAACAACAAAGUUUUUGACGAAACACAUCUAUGUGCAUGUGUACAAGUGUGUUAAAGGUGCAUUUUUGUAAUCUAGAAAAUAGAGCAUUUAAUCGGAAAAGAUUUUGAUUUUGGGUGAUUCGUGUUUUAUUUUUUCUUCUCUUCAUCUGUGACAAUUGGCAGUCAGUUGGCCAUUUCGAUCGGACGAAUCGAAACCGUGUAACGGAAUUAAAAGAAAGAAUUAAUAAAGAAACGAAGAGAAGACGAGAUUUUUCAUUCGCAUAAACAAUUGCACAAUGGAUGCUUGCGAAGCUGUUGAAAAGGAAUUGCAGCGUGUCAUAUCCAAGUUCAAUGGAGUGCAUGAAAAUGCUAAACGAAUGCUUGGAGAUGUUGCGAAAAAUUUCGAUGACUUUAAAUCAUCAAUUGCUGAAGUUCCUGCCGAAGAGAAAUUGACCACCGAACAAAUAAAUAUUUUGCGCGAAACGUUAACAAAAACAAAAGAGAAAUUGCAGCGUUUGACGACCGAUCACCGUGAUUUACAUGGUGCGGUUAGUAAAAUCGGGAAAACCAUUGAGCGCAAUUUUGUAUCUGAUUUUUCUACAAUAACACGCAAUGAUGUGCUCGUCGAAGAGCAAAAUAUUCAAUUGCUGAAUAAAGUAAUAGCUCAGCAUUUACAACGAAAUAAUUUGGACGAUGUAGCCGCAACACUUAUCAAUGAAUCGAAACUGCCAGCCGAAGAAAUUGUGUCGGAUCCAUUUUCAAAUUUACAUCGCAUUUGGGAGGCGAUAUAUCGUGGAGAUUUAACCGAAGCAUUGGAAUGGGCCAGCGAACAUUCGGCCAAAUUAGAAGCGCGCAAUAGCUCAUUGGAAUUCAAACUUCAUCGAAUUGCUUUUUUGCAAAAACUAGACGCAGAAAAUGGCGGUGGUUCGCCAAUCGAAGCCAUUGCAUAUGCUCGCAAACACUUUUCUAAAUUUGUCGAUAAAUUUGAAAAAGAAAUUCAAUUACUAAUGGGCACUUUGAUGUAUAUUCCCGUCGGAUUGGAAAAUUCACCUUAUCGUGGUCUUUGCGGUCCAAAUCUAAUGGUUGAGGCGGCUGAUACAUUUUUAAAAGACGCCUGUAGCAUUUUGGGAAUAACCAAAGACUCACCAUUAACAGUGGUCACAAACACCGGUUGCACUGCACUGCCAGCUCUAUUAAAUUUAAAACAAGUUAUGUUGUCGCGUCAAGUGCUUGGCAUGUGGAACGGACGAGACGAACUUCCAAUUGAAAUCGAUUUGGAUUCUGAACAUCGUUAUCAUUCGAUAUUCGCAUGUCCAAUUUUACGUCAACAAAGUACAGAGGAGAAUCCACCCAUGAAAUUGGUUUGCGGUCAUGUAAUAUCUCGUGAUGCUCUAGACAAAUUGUGCAGUGGCCCAACAUUGAAAUGUCCUUAUUGCCCAGUUGACCAAAGUCCAAAUGACGCAAAAUUGAUAUACUUCUAGAAGACAUAGAGAAAUAGUCUUUAAAUUCAUUUAAAUUUGGAAGCCACGACGAAAAUUGUUCUAACGAAUUUGACUUAAUCGUGAAAUUGGAUUUUUAACAGCUUCUUAAAACGAAAUUUAUUAUUAUAUCAUUGUUUAUGUACGAUACAUAAAGUCUUUUUUUAUGUUUAAACAUUAUUAAAACAGAAUACAUGAGUUCGCACCCAAAAUAAUGUAUUCUGUGCAAAGGGAAAUUUAUUAAGCAAAAAAAUCAACAUAUUAAAAUCAAAUAAAUAUAAGAUGAUUUAAAA